AUGGCCGCCAACACGGAAAUCCAAAAUUCGGUUCCUAGUAAUGUUGUUGUCGUUUUCUCGACAUUAGCAAUAUUAAUUCUUUGCUAUCUAUUUUGGAAAUGGCAAAGGCAGCGAAAUAAUCAAACGGACGGGAAGAAUAAACCUAGUUUCAUUUCACGGUCGGAUAUGCUUAAAAACCGUCUGAAAAAAUUCGAUUUGUUAAGAGGUGGUAUUAAUACUGAGGAGGCUACACCAGUCGAACCUGACGAUGAAUUGACGGAUGAAUUCAUUGGAAAUACACUUGAGAAACCUGUCUCAAACUCUUCGGAUGUCCCUGAUACUGAAUCAAAGACAGAAAAUCUACAACUAACCUCAAGCGAAUCCUGCGGCGUGGUACAGACCACUAUUAAUAAUAAACCUGCAAAUUCUAGAAAGCGGGUGACUCUUUCAGUCUCUGAAACGGAUGACAAGUCAUUUCCAGAAACACAACCGUUGACAAGUUUGGAGGAGUUGUUCGCCUGGCGAGAAGGAUUUGAUGGAUUAAAUGUGAGCUCUGUCCCAUUGCAUAGCGUCACCACAGAACGACAGCCAAAGACCAUUGUUUGUCAUGACAUGAAAGGUGGUUAUGUACAGGAUAGGUUUGUUCAGGGUUACCCAUCAACCGAAUCUUACCGUAUCUAUCAUUGGCAAUACAUUGAUAUAUUCAUAUACUUCAGUCAUAACUUUAUAACCAUUCCCCCUCCUUGCUGGACGAAUGCUGCGCAUAGACAUGGUGUUCAAGUUCUUGGUACUUUCAUCACAGAAUGGCAAGAUGGUGCUGCUCGAUGUGCAAAGAUUUUUGACGAUGAGUCGUCCUACAAAAGAGUUGCUGAUCAAAUGGUCUUGAUAGCAAAAUAUUAUGAAUUCGAGGGCUGGUUGUUAAAUAUUGAAAAUCCAAUACAGCCGGCACAAAUGAACAAUUUGAUUGAUUUUGUCAAGUACCUAACUGCAGAAAUGCAUAAAGUUAAACCAGAAUCUCUGAUCAUUUGGUAUGACAGCGUAAUGUACAAAGGUGAUCUAAAAUGGCAGAACAUGCUAAAUUCUGAAAACAGAGUAUUUUUUGAUGUAUCUGAUGGGAUAUUCCUAAACUAUGGUUGGAAUCAAAGGGAUCUGGCUUUGUCCAGAGUGGCUGCUGGUAAUGAUCGACAGUAUGACGUUUAUGUUGGUGUUGAUGUGUUCGGUCGAGGGGUAUUUGGUGGUGGUGGAUGGAAUACAAAUAAGGCAACUCAUGUUAUCAAGGAAAGCAAUCUGUCUAUUGCUUUAUUUGCACCAGGAUGGGUUUAUGAAAAAUUUGAGUCCACUUUCAAAGUCAGUCAAGAUAAGUUUUGGGCAUCCAUCGCCUCUGAUUGCAACACUCGUUGUUUGAGUCCUUGCCUCCCGUUUGUAACAUCUUUUUGUCAAGGUUAUGGUGAAAAAUGGUGGAAUAAUGGAAUGGUUAGUUUUAAUCAUGCAUGGACGCAUCUCAGUGCUCAGGAAAUUCAGCCUACUUACAUCAACCAAAUCUAUAGUCUUGGUAAAACAAAUGGUGUACUUAUCACAUCCGCUGGUCAUCAGAUUCUUCAUGCUUAUCGAGGUGGUGGAUGUCUUGAAUUGCAGGGAUCAACAACGUCAACUCCAACUGCAUCCAAAGCUGUUGUAAGGUUAUUCAAGACUGACAUAGUUCUACCAAGUACGGUAAUGAUUAGUUUCACUAUCAAACUGGAAGACAAGGAUUCAUUGGACGUUGCUUUACAGUUGCAUGUUGAUAAAAAGCCAAAUUACUUGAUGCUAUGUCCAGUUCAAGGAAAAGAUUUGCAAGAUCAAGAUUUGGAAAUGGACAAUCUGAAUGAGGCACUGAUGCAACGCUAUGGUGUACCAAGGUCGUCACAAAUUGAUAUGGAACGUUUUACCUCCGUAUCAGUUGGCCAGGAACAUUACAGAUCAUUCGCACCUGUCUCAGGAGAUCACCAUGGAAGAUUGGCAGAACUCUGUUGCAUCGAAGAGGAGACCAGUUCGCUGUGGUACACGAGAUACUAUUUGUUAGCUGAGAAGGACUUAAAAGGAUCUCGUAUUAAAGAAAUUCGUUUGGUUUUGAUGAACAAAACCUCCUCUGAUGCAAUUGAGGUCAAUUCUUCAACUCCAUUUCAGCUUUAUCUUGGAGAGAUUAAGAUAAUUGAUGCUGUGUCGCUGAGGAAACCGCUUCCUACAGUGACAUCAUUGAAGUGUCUUGAGAGCAAAAUCAAAACUCGUACUUUGAAUGCAAACACCAUCUCCAUAACGCUAACAUUAUCAUGGAAUUAUGACAGCUCAAACAGUGAACCUUGGCAGAGAUUCGAGAUUUAUCAUCUUACUGCAGAUAACUCAAAAGUCUUAUUAGGCAUGGCUUAUUCAUUAUCAUAUGUUGUAUGUGACCUUGCCUUACCUAGAUCUCAGAAAGAGGCCAAAUUAACUGUACAAGCAGUAAGUUGUAGCCAACGUAAGAGGGCUUUAGCAGAGUGUCCAGUCAUUACUGUUUAUUGGUCUUGAUAACAUGAAUGAAUUCUUUAAACUAUAGAGUAAGUAAUUUAUAAAUUUAUUGUAUUAAAUUAUUACUUUACAGAGUACAUCUUUGGUUAUUGCUUAA